CUUUAACUUACAUCUCAUAAUCAAACUUUGAUCUACGCUAAGAACUCUUCCCUAAUUUCGGAAGGCCGGUCCUUCAUCCCCCCAUUCGUUCCACAGUGAUGGCAUUCCGAACCAUAACCUUUCUUCAAUUCUUUCUAUACAUAUCAUCCAUACAUUCUUUUCCAUUUUCCUUUCUAAACCUCAAACAUAUCAACACGAGAGAUCUAUCCGCUGUAGCAAAUGAAUUGGGUACAUUAGGAAGUGAUCUCACCGAUCCCAGCACGCUGAAAACUUUCCUUGGUAAUAAGGGCAAUGUGAUUACGCAGAAUGAUGUAUUAGACAGUAAUGGAAGUUGUGCCACGAUGACAGUUUUAUUCGCUCGAGGAACGGGAGAAGUCGGUAUGUAGCGAUCCCAGCCUCACAGCGGGAGAAGGGGAAGUAUAUACUGUAGAAAGAGCGAAGCUAAUAAAUAAACGACUAGGAAAUGUGGGAGUAUUGACCGGCCCUCCAUUUUUCACAGCUCUAGCUGCGUAUAUGAAUCAAACAGGAAGCAUGGCAAUCCAAGGCGUCGACUACGCAGCCACCGUCUCCGGGUUUCUAGCAGGUGGUGAUCCCGCCGGUGCUAAAACAAUGUGUGUAUCCAUUCCUCCCAAACUCAAUUAAUCACUAACUGGACCAACUUCCAGGGCUAGCCUUAUAAAUAAUACUCUCACCACUUGUCCCAACACCCAUCUUACCGUAUCCGGCUACUCUCAAGGCGCACAACUUGUUCAUCUUGCCAUGAGUUCGCUUUCCGGCACUAUUGCCUCGCGCAUCAAAUCUGUCGUCAUGUUCGGAGAUCCGAUGAAUGGUACAGCGCUUAAUGGUGUUGAUGCUAGUAGAGUAAUGACUUUUUGUAAUCCUAAAGAUGAUAUCUGUAAAGGGAGGGAUGUGAUACUCCCAGCUCAUCUGGAAUAUAGUGCGUAUGCGGGAACUGCCGCUAUGUUUGCGCUGAGUGGGUUGGCGGAUGUAGGGAUUACGAGUGCAAGGAAGGUUAGCGGAGUUGGCGGGAUUAUGUCUUGAGUAUUUCAUGCCUGCCUAUGGGAGAAAAGUGAAGAUAUGCAAAAUGAAAAGAUUAUCUUUGGGUAAAUGAUGUUUAAGACUUUAAACUAACAAAGUUGAGUUUAUUUCU